AUGCGGCGUUGGAAACGGAAGCGGCUUCUCCGACGUGAGCAAGAAACUGUUUUGGAUCAAUGCGGCUGCGCGCUGGCCGCGGGGGCGCGCCCGGGAAACGGGAGCGUGGGGGCGGUGCCGCUCCUUCAGCAGCCACGGCUUGCUCGCAAUUGUCCGCCAGCGAGCGAGCCAAUUAGCCAGCCGAACAGCCGGUCCGCUUCCGCAGCAGCCACCGAGCCAGCUGCCCCAUUCCCUCAGUCUGCGGCCAGGCCGUCCGCUCCCCUAGCAGCCAGCCAGCCUGCUAGCCAGUUGGCCCGCUCCCGCAGCAGCCCUGUCGUUCCCGCAGCAGGCAGCCAGCCAGCUGGCCCGCUCUGGGAGCAGCUAGUCCGUCGGGGGGCCCUUUCCUCCAGCAACCCGCCGGAGCAGAGGGUGUUGGGCUACAGUGCAGUGAAAACUCGGAGCAGUGCCGAAGAAGCAGUGGGAGCAGAGCAGCAAUAGCCCAGCAGGGCAAGGAGAGGCGAGCUCAUGAUCCUGGGUACCCAAGCAGAUGAGACAAUUUUGCAGCCCUUCAACUGAUGGAUCAUCCCUCAUCCCAACACACCUAUCACAUGCACAGUGACUCUACCUCAUCAACUGAAUGCAACCAGGCUACAUAGGAGGACAGUAGGAAACUCAGAAUAAUACCUGUCUUGUGGGAAGCACUACAGUGAGGGAUUUGUUUCUAGAUGGGCAGCUUCUAGGAAAAAAACCCACCCAAAGUCACCUUUAACUCUAU